AAGGAAGUAUAAUAUAAACAUACCGGAGCAUUGAAAUUUCUCAAAUUCGGUUAAUUUUUUAUUGUUUUCUUCCCUUUUCACAUGCUGCUCUUUUCCUGACACUGCUCACUUUGCAGGAGUGAGUCCUAUGGAUGGUCUUUUUAAAAUUAGAUUUAGUUUCUUGUACAAGUUGUAAUUUUCAACAAAAUGAUUAAGUUACGUGGCUAGUGAGUGCUUAUACUGCAUAUUUUCCACUUGAUAAAACCAGCCACAUCCAUGGUCAUUUCAUAGCGUUCAUGCUCCAUAAACUCCAUCAAAAUAGAUAUGAAGUGGGAUGUUUCUCCUGUCAGUCACUACCGUCUCUUCUCAACCAACUCUCAGGUCUCAGAAAAGAUACACAUUUAUUGGGCGCAUCCAGACAAGCACAGCCAUGCAGUAUGUAGCACCAUAAACACAUCCGCAGCGCCACAUACUGCACAGUCACAUGUUCUCCAUGCUAUCAGGGCAUGCUGCCUAUGCACACACUACUCCAGUUUUUUUUUUCUUUGGGUUUUUUUGACCCCUCAGUAUCCAGGGGUUGAAAAAAGAAGUGGAGUAGUACACACGCAGGCAGUGCACACCGCUGAAAAGCAGAGCCAAGCCACUGGAAGCCACACUGCGGCUGUCAGCCAGGCUUCGCCCAGCAGGAUCACUGUUGCUGCAGCCCUGGGAGACCCCCAGGUAAGACUGCUGGGGUCAGCCCACCACUGGCCGCAGCCUCCUCUACCGCCCCUGGGGUAAUUUGCCACGUGCCAAAGCAGGAGUGGCAUGGGUGUUCCACAGGGACAAGUAGGCAUGCAACUGCUACUUGUCCCCGGGAAACCAAACAUCCGUGCUUAUGUGGACGCAGCCAUAGAGGUUAUUUACCUUUAGUUGCUGGGAAUGAUUGAAGUAUGACUGACUGUAGGACUAAUAAAAACACACAGCCUGUAGGUAUUAAAAGUGUACAACUUUUUAUUAGAGGAAACUAUAUUGCAACAAGAAAUGUGCCAGAAAAAUUAGGUAGGUCUCUUGCUCAGUUUUCCAGUUACAUCUCUACUGCUUGCUUUUAUCAUGAUGUUAUUAAUGUCAGUAGCACCCUGAGAAAUGUUGGUGGGAUUUUUCACCAGUCAACAUUGGUUAGAUUCUGUUCCCAUUCAUAUUUUCACUUAAACAGGAACAGAGUUAAAACAGUAAUUUUUGGUUUUUUUGGAAAUACCACACCCAGAAUAAGUUUUAAAUUAAUAUGUAUAUAAAGACAUGAUAGCCUGGGCAUACAAGAUGACAGUGCAUUUUUAUCAUAGACUAAAGAAAAAAAUCUCUCUCUUCCUUCAGCAAAAGAAUGGUUAACUGUGCUUGGAGCCAACUAGUCUUAAAAGGAGUUGAUAAAAAAAAGAAUAAGACACUUGAAAACAUUGUACUGACAAAAGCUCUCCAAUGCCUAGAUAUUAUUCUUUAUUAUUAAGUAUGAGAAAGAUCACUCAUUCUUUAAAUUUGGCAUGUUUUGUAGAUCUUAUUGAGACAUCAAAAUUAAGCCAAGUCUUAACACUGUACUGUAUUGAAAAAUUAUUGUAUGUAAGUUGUGUAAAAAUACCACUGCAUUUAAGAGUAUUUGAAUAAUAUUGUAUAACAACUUAUAUGUUUUCCAUAACCAAGGUACACUUACAGGAUGGGUGAGCCCCAGAGUAUCUCAUGAUAUUGAAUAAUCUUGGAUGACUUGCUGUGUUUUUAACAAAUAUGAAUAUAGUUAAACUACAGCCUUAAAAGAGGAUCAAACAGGAGAAUGCAACAAACUCAGGAAGUUCAAACCUCUGGACACACAGACAGCUCCACUGUUACCCUUAGCACUGAACUCAGGAAUAAGAUAAAAAAUAAAUCUUCAGAGGCAGAACUACUUCAGCCUCCUAGCCAGAAGCUUCUGCAAUGUGAACAAAAGGCAAAUGUACACAUCAGCAAUCAAGAGUAUAAGGAAGCCCUCCCAGAGCUCAUGAGGUAUUUAGCCCUGGCCAGAAUUUGCUAUGGAGAUCUUCACUGGAAAAUGGCAGAAGCCCAUGUUAAUUUGGCUCAGGGAUACCUCCAGCUGCAAGGAUUUUCACUGCAAGCAAAACAGCAUGCAGAAAAAGCCAAAGAAAUUCUUCUUGCCAGCUCUCUUAUCCCUUCAUCUGAAUCUGAACAAAGGAUGGACAUACUUCAGUGUUCAGUUGCUAUUUCUCAUACAUUAGGAAGAGCAUUAACUGCACUUCACAAAUUAAAAGAUGCAGAGAGAAGUUUAAUAAAAGCUGGGAAACUUUCAGAGGAAUUGCUACAAGGCCAGCACAUGCCACCAGACAAGUGGAUGGAAAUCAAAGCAGGAAUUGAGUUGUCGUUUGCACAAUUGUACCAGAGUCAGAAAAAGUCAAAAGAGGCUCUUCUGUGCUAUCAAAAAGCUCUGAACUAUACUGAAAAGAGCAAGGGUGAAGACAAUCUGGAGUGUGUGCCAAUAUACAAAAAAAUAGCAGGAGCAGCACAAAUCCUUGGGGAUCAUGACACAGCAAUCCAACAUCUUGUAAAGGCUCAUUUCAUUGCCCUGAGAAAAAGCCCUUCUUCAGUGGAAGCAGCAAACACAGCUCAUUUGGUGGCACGAGCUGCAGUUGCCUCUAAGAAAUCAGACCAUAAUGAUCUGGCAGAGAAGUACUUUCAGGAGAGCAUAAACUCUUUCGAAGAAGCUGAAGGAAUGGGGAGCGCUAAGUGCCUUGCAGCUGAGGAUGAUUUCAGUCAGUUCCUGAUAGACACUGGACAACAGGAGAGAGCAGCAUUAAUGUUGAAAGGAUCGUUAGAAGCCAAAAAAGCCACAUUUGGAGAUCUCAGCCCUGAAGUAGCAGAGACAUACUGGCUCCUGGGAGUGACAGAACUGGCACAAGGACACACAAAUCUAGCACACAAGAAACUUAAGAAGUGCCUCUACUUACAGACUCUCUUAUAUGGCUCCCACAAUAAAAGAACUCGGGCAACAAAGGAAACUAUUGACUUACUAUCAAAGACCCGGGAUGUAGCAACAGAACAGAGAGGAACAGAUGAAGAAAAGCCACCGAUUCCCUGUUCCACAACACUUGGUGGUGGGAGGGACUAGGCUCCAGUACAUGUGAUAAAGUUCCUGACAUUUGCUAAUGACUGAACUUGUCUCUCUCAAGUGUCCACCUGAAAUCUGUCAUUUGCAUCAAAGAUUGAACAUAGAGCAGAUUUCCAUGAGGACAGACCAUUUGCUUAUGUGCCUACAUUUUCGAAUACAGCUAAACACCAAUUUAAUAUUAUGGGAGCAUUUGCUGUUUUCAGGGCAUCCCAUAGCUGCCUCUUCAGUAUUUUCACUUGUGAAAACAAACCAAAAAAAAAUUUUCAAUGUGGAAAUUCAUAACAUCUCUGCAAAAAAUUAAUAUAGGUCAAAAAGGAAGUUAAGAGUACAGUGCAAAACUGGCACACAUUACUUCCUAGCUAUACAAGAAGUCUGAGAAAUACCUUUUUCUAACAGCGCUAUACAACUUUAAGCAAGUCCUGCCAUGUUCAAAACAUCUAGGACUCCUUUGGUCUCAAGAUUUUUCCUCCUCCAUUGGAGACAAACAGUUGGAUCUGAAGUGUGCCUGGUGUCAGACUGAAGGAAUACUGCUAUAUUUUAUCCAUAACACAAUUUGGAGAGAAAAAAUUAGAGCAAUGAAGUUGGCUACACAAUGCGCAGUUGGAAAUCAUGCCAUUUAAGAUCAUCCCUUUUCUUGUUCUGCAUGUAAUACAUUUCCAGGACCUGGCAAGUACUUUGUCUCAUACUUGGCUGUAAGGAUAUUUAUGCUGCAAGAGGAAAACAGGCUUAUCCAAGGCAGCUUUGGGAGUAUUAAGUAGACAUUUGGGGAAUUAAGACAUACACAUUUCUGGUAGUGUUUCUCUCAGGAGUUCAGCUCUGAGAGCAAUUUUCAUGGCAUCUUCUAAUAGCACCACUGACAACCAUGUUAAACCUAGGAACUAAGAAAAUCUCAAACAAAUGCACAAGCCGCUAGCCUGGUCCAUCUCUUUAACAUUCAGAGAGUUUCCGCUCCAUGAUUUAUGGUGCCAGUAGGAAGCUGGUUUUAGAUGCAGUUUUACCUGAGACCAGUUAGCUAUUUUCAGCAUAUACCACCACACAAAUCCUGCCCUUGAAUUUUGCAAGAAGUGCAAAAGGGGCUUUACUUUUGUUUAUCUUCAACUGAGAGAAGCUGAUUAGUCUCUGGAAAAAGUUCCUCCCUUCAUCUGAAUUGUGACCAAGACAUAUUUCCUUUAACAAGUAGGAAACUCUAAAAAACAUUUAUGCAUUUUACUUUCAUGUGAGAGGUUUGUGGUUGGUUAAGGAAAAGAAAAACAGUAAUAACCUGUGGAGGGAGUUCAGAGGUGCUGCAAAAGGUCCUGCUCCUUUACAGCGAAUACACCCGUUUUGCUUUGGCGUGUUGCACCAGUCACAGGUUGAAAGUUAAGGGACAAAAAUAAUUCAUCCAAAACCCAGAGCAGAAGGAAAACUAUGAUUCUGUCUGUGACAGCAACUUCUGUUCUUUGUGCUUUUAUAU